AUAUUUGCAGGGAUUAUGAAUGAAUCACGUGAUAUUCUACCUCGGCACAGAACGGCUGGGUUGAUCACUAUGUCCUCCGAUAAUUUAAUCCUUGUGUGGGAUAGCCUCGUCCGCCGGAGAAGUUCGAGUCGCUGCGGCUACGCUUCACCUGCUCAUCAUACUACAUAUCUACUAGUGAAAGACCUCGAGAGAGAAGAUGGGGGAGUUAUCAAAAACAACUACUACACAGCCCGAGGACGCCAAGGCGCCUCCCGCAGCGGCACAGGCUUCUCCCGCUCCUCCACCGGAAGCAGAAUCGCAGCCCAACGAUAACCCCAGUAGCGCCCGGAGCAGCCCGCUGCCGAAAUCGAAAUGCCAUUGCGCAGGUACCAAGAGUGCCCUUGCCAGGUCGGAUGUGAUGAUCAGGCGAUUGGACCAGUUCAUCUCCACCGCAUACGGCCAGGAACGCCUCCUCGCCAUGGUCCAAUAUAACUCGCAAAUCAUCCACUACUUCCUCCUCUCUCCGCCCCUCCGCUCCACCUUCGCGCGGCUACGCUCCAUCUUACUCCCAGCAAACCCCGGCGCCGGCGUCGCAAAGCCACCACCACCACCACCACCACAACAACAAACACCACCCCUCCUCGCCCUCUCCGCCCUAAUGUCCGAAACCCGCACAACUCUCCGCCUCCUGGGCCUCCUCUCACUCUGGUCAUGGGGGUCUGCAACCCUUAGAAACCCCCCCGCCGACCCGCUCCUCCGCACAGUCGCUUACGCACAGGUAGCUGUCAACGUGGCGUAUCAGGUGCUGGAGAACGUGGCGCAUCUGGCCGGGAAAGGGGUGGUGAGUCGGCGAGCGGUGGAGCGGUGGGGGUCCUUGGGGAGGUGGUGGGUUUGGAGUACGCGGGCGUGGUUGGGGCAUGUGCUGUUGGAAUUUGUCAGGGUGUGGAGGGAGUACGUAUUGGCGCGGGAUAGGAGGAAGGGGUUCGUCGGUGAGGAUGGGAAAAAGAUCGGGGAAGCGGAGAGGGAAAGGGAAAUGGAGGUGAGGGGGUGGAAAAAGAGUAUUGUGAAUAGCCUGGCUUGGUUGCCGUUGUGUGUUCAUUGGAGCUUUGAGGAUGGAGUGGGGGUUCCGGAAAAGAUGGUUGGGGUGCUGAGUAUGAAUGCGUGUGCUUGGGGGGUGUAUGAUAUGUGGAAUGCGACUGCCGGGGUGAUUUGAGUUGAUGUUGAAGUGGUGUUGAAAGACUGGUCAAGGCGACUUUUAUUCUUCUGUUCUGUGUUUUAUCUCCAUGCUCUUCAUUUUUGAUAAUUGAUAUCUCAAUGGACUCUGUUUUCUUCUACCAUCUUCUGGCCAGUUCAAUUGGUCCCGUCAACACGCCAUUCUUCGGCGUUUUGGGAGGAAGAGAAUGCCUUUCGAGCAAGAAAUCGUGCG